GGAACAAUCUCCCCCCUCCAUCAGGACCCCCAGGACAACAUCCUGUGCCAGCAGGUGAAGGGCGUUAAGUACGUGAGACUGUACGGGGUGGAGGCGACGGGACGUUUGAAGCCAGGAGGAGCUAAUCUUUCCAAUACGAGCUCCCUUGAGAUUGACCUUGACUUGAGUGCGAUGCCAAACAUCUUCACUUCUCCUGCUACUCCUCCUGCUCUUUCCUCUCUUCCUAUGGAACUCAUCCUCCAUCAAGGAGACGCUCUCUUCAUUCCUGCUGGGGUCUGGCACUACGUACGCUCCCUCUCCUCCUCCAUCUCCGUAAACUUCUGGUGGACCAGCAAGGCGAAACCAUGUACAUAA